CUCCGCGGACCACCAGCAGAAGAAGACUGAGAGGCGGAUUUUCCGAACUAUAUUCCACCGCGGAAGAACGAAGAGAUUCCCGAUCCACGGGGUUGUCAGUUUUCCUGUCCGCAGUCAAGUUUGUUUCUUCGGCUACCACACGCUUGGAAUCUGGGCUCGGAAUCGCCAUGAUCCACCUAUGCGUCGUGCUGCUUCUCUCCGCCUCCGCCUUCUCAGAGUCGGUCCGGGAGACGGAGACCUGGAUGCCCAUGAAGUCCUCGCUGGGCGUGGCCAGGAUGUCGUACUUGGAGGAUGAUGUGGAGUCGUCGGGAGACUUUGCCAUCGACCAGGAUGAUGACGAUUAUUAUCCCAAUUAUGACGAUGAGGACGAAGACGAGGAUGACUUCUCCGGGUCGGGCGACAUUGAACCGAGCACGACGCCCGGACAAAGGCCACUGCCUUCUUCCACGCCCAACGUCAACGACAACAGGAUUCCAGAAGUCCAGCGCCCCGUGAGACCGACAGUCAAUGAGAUCGACCUGGUACGCAACAGCAACGAGAUCUCAAUUGACAAGAGCGAGCCGAACGACGAGCUGAUGUCUAAUGUGCUCAUGGCACACACGGCCGAGGAGAGCAUCCUCAACAAGACAGAGGUCCUGGCAGCUCUAGUGGUGGGUGGCGCCCUCUGCCUGCUGCUGGCAGUGCUGCUGGUGCUGCUGCUGGUCCACCGCAUGAAGAAGAAGGACGAGGGCAGCUACGACCUGGUCAGGAAGCCCAUCUACACCAAAGCGGCCACCGCCGAGAUCUACGCCUAAAUUGCCUCUUCCUCCUUUCAUCCUCACGACUGACUUCCUGCUUCGACACUCUCAGUGCACUGCGGACCAAUCGGAGUCCAUCAGACAGGAAAUUAUGCAAGCGCGUGGACAUGGCGAGCGCUGUCGCUAAACCUUUAUUUAUUUCUCUCAAAUGUCUAUUUUUAUUGUUAUUGAUCAACAUUUCAACCAUUGAGCCUCCACGCCUCAAUCAGCUGUCAAUCAUCACUCGUCCGGCAUGUUUUUUUAAAGGGAAAUUGUAUCAUUUGAGAGGGACGUCACUAAAGUUAACGCAAGCGCAGUGUGCGUAAGCAGCUUCGUUCAUAUGUUCACAGCAGGACAUAGUGGCAUUUCAAAGUUCUACUUUCUGUUUGACAAAAAUUUCAAAAAUAUUAGUUUCCUCAAAAUGAGACACUCCGGCAUGCAGCAUGCCACGCACACACCUGCAGGUUGUUUUUUUUUUUUUUUUGCCACUCCGUUUAAUUUCAAGCUACUUGGCAUUUGCCACAUAUCUCACCACACCGGGGUCCAAGGCCUCGACUGUCCUGCCACCUGUGGGCGGAACAUUUUCACCUCUCUUGCAGUAAAAUGGUACGAAUGCUAGUCAAGAAAAUGAAUCUUCAGCAUGAGCGUGACUUAGCCUGCGUAGCUAGAUUCAUAUUUUAUUUUUAAAUCUACGAGAAACGCUAACUCAGAUGUUUAUUCAAGACACUUUUUAAGUGAGGGUUUAGUCCGUGUUUUGUCGAUAAGCUACACAACUGUUGAGUUAUUCGGGUCCAUAAGCUACCCGUGAUGCACCGGUUUGUCGCUGACAUUUCUUUGGCGGCUGCAUCGCUAGCUGACACUGCCUCAAAUCUGUAAAUAAUAUUUAGAUACAAAUGUGAAACUGGAAAAAAGAGAAAUGAUUUCACGGUACUUUGCGACACAUGGCGCUGACAACCAGCUACCAAAUAUUUAAAUGCCAAAUAGUUUGUAAAGUUUUGAUACAACGGAAACACUAAUUUUGUAGCUUCACUUUUGUAGUAUUUAACUGUCCAGUAACUUUAUUGCCUUACUUCAGGUGGUGCUGUUGUACAUGUGAACGUUUUUCUACGUGCUAGUUUGAGAUUUCUGACUAAUAGUUGAAAUUUUGAGAGUUUUUAUCUUUUUAGACGUUUUUAUAUCAAGGUUCUCUCUCCACUGUAGAAAGAGAUGUUUGUGGCCGACAGUUUGUUCUGCUGCUUUGGUCUCAAAUGUGAAACCGACGAGUCGUUGGUUCAAGCAGCUUCUGUUAUUGAAAUAAAGCUUUUUUUUUUUUUUUUUCAAUUCACAAGAAUAACGUCUCAGAUUGUUU